GUUUUUCAUUUACAGUGGAAACUCCAAAGCUAGAGGAGAACUAUCCAGCGCUCAGCCUUUGUUGUGACACGGCUCAUUGUCCCUGGAGGUGUGUUGUUUUUGCGUGUGUGUGUACCUGUUUAUGUACAUCUGCAUGUGCUUGGUAUAAAAAGCGUGGAACGCAGGCCGGCCGGUGAUUCUCUGGAAGACGAUGGCUGUACCAGGACCUCCUCUGCUUCUGCUGCUGUCUCUGUUGCUGCCGCUGCUGUUGAGCAAGGCGACCCUGCCUGCAGCUGCAUACACACUCACCUCUGAACAACAGCCACAGCAUAAAAUCCUUCACCUGGACUGGCCUAAGGAUUGUGGUAUGGCCCACUUCAAGCCCAACAUGGCUGAAAGGAUUGUGUCUGGGAAUGAGGCCAGGCCUCACUCUUGGCCCUGGCAGGUUUCUUUGCAGGUUCGGCCUAGAGGAAGUAAACAGUACAUUCAUGUCUGUGGAGGCACUCUCAUCCACAAGACCUGGGUCCUUACUGCUGCUCACUGCUUCCAAAAGGGUAAAGCUGAGGACGCUGGGAGCUGGAGGAUUGUCCUGGGGAAGCACCAGCUGAAGCGUUCAGAGACUGCAGAGAGGAUUAUCCCGGUGAAGAGGAUCUACCGGCACGAGAACUUCCGCUAUCCCGCUCACAGCGAGCUGGACUACGACAUUGCCCUGGUUAAGUCUGCCACAGAUAUCGUCCCUUCAAACUUCAUCCGCUACGCCUGCCUGCCGCGCAAGCAGACCAGCCUCAAACCAGGACACUACUGCUGGGUGACCGGCUGGGGAGACACCCGGGGUGGGAAGGAGAACGUGUCUCUGGCAGAAGCCCUGAAUCAAGCCCGUCUACCAAUCAUUGAUUUCAAAACCUGUCGGCAGAAGAAAUUCUGGGGAGACCGCGUCCGAGACUCCAUGAUCUGCGCCGGGUUCAGAGACACCGAGGAUCCACCAGCUGCAUGCCAGGGUGACUCUGGCGGUCCUCUGCUGUGCCAGCUGGACCGGGACCGCUGGGAGGUGCACGGCGUGGUGAGUUUCGGCCCCAUCGGUUGCACUGUGGAGAACAAACCCAGCGUCUUCACCCGCACCGUCGCCUACAUCCCCUGGAUCGAGGCAACGCGCAUCAGGGACUUCUUCCUGCACUGAGCGCUCGCAGCAAGCAUAAGCUCUGCUGUUAAAUGUCUGACAUCUACAGACAGUCUCACAGCCAGUUCUUUCCACUCCAUGAUGUUAAUUCAUGUUCUGAAUGUGUUGUCAUCUUCUUACAGUAUAUACUUAUACUCUGGUGAAGCACUGCAUAGUACACACUGCUCACCACCUUUUACAUCCAAUCUCAUUUAUGCAAUA